AUGUUGACCGUGCCCCGGGUAGUCUUCUCUGUGUUCACUCUGAUGAACAUCGUGCUGGUGACUAAUGAUCUCGCAGGCGAGUGUGCUUUAUCCCUAGGGGGUGUAGGUCUGAGGGCUCCGAGGCAAUUGUCACAGUUAACAUCAGAAUCAGGUGCACAGGGCGGCCCGAAUGAUGUGAAUAACAUGUGUGGUGGCAAUGAUUGCAAUGAGGAGGAACAGAGUGAAGCACCCAAUGAGGGUAAUGACAGUUCAGUAAAGAAAGGACAGAAGGAGAAGGCGCAGGAGGAAGAGGAAGAAGGAAGGAUGGAAAAGGAAGAUGAAAAGAAGGUGGAUGAAAAAGAAAAAGAACAGAAAGAGGAAAAGGAUGAAAAAGAAGAAUAUGAUGAUAAAAGUACUAAGGACGAUAUCAGUGACGAUUCGGAUGAUGAUGAUGAUGACGACGACGACAAUUAUGAUGACGAUGAUGAUGAAGAUGGAGGAAUAGAUAUAUCAGGAAUAUUGAAGGAACAUGUGUUUAUUAUACCGAAGGAAAAAGUAGAGCUUUUAUUGGACGAAUGUAAUCGAAUACAAAAUUUGGAUUAUGAAAGGGCGUUGGAUAAUUUAUUUGGGGAAUUGCACGAUUUAUCCCUCAAAUAUGGAUUACCCAAGGAUGAGAAAAUGGCCUUAUGGUAUGAAUUCCUGGAUGAUAUAACAGAUGACUUGAAAGAAGUCGAUGACUAUUAUAAUAAUAUCUAUGAGUUUAACAUGAAUUCUCCUACCGUCCUGACCGCCUCCUUUGUGUACUCUUUAAUGAACUUUCUGAACAUAUGGACAACUACAAUAGAAGGAAUCGAGAAGAAGUGGUGCACGAUUUUUGCGGAGAGGACUGUAGCUUAUAAAGAUGGCGCUCGGGAGGGUAAGCUCAGUAAAGAGGUAAACGAGUCUACGCAGAAGGUGAAAAUUGGCACCACCUCUAGUGAAGUGGGAAAUGGGGCCCCACAGAAGGAGGAAACGGAUGCCAAAGGGUUUCAAGUACAAUGA